AUGUUGGCAGCCAGAAAAUGCUGGAUUGGCUUCCGAGUGGCGUUCUGCGUCGCGUUCAUAGCGGCAGCCUGUGCCUUGCAUUUGCUGCUCUGCGAGCAGCGCGUCGGAGUGGGCACGUUCGGCCUGGUGCUUUCUUUGCUGUUUGCUUUGCCAGCAGAUCUGGAAGCAGCUUGCGACAGCAUCAUGCAGGGCUGCGUCACUUUAGGCGCACUGCGGCGGCUGAAAGGUACUUCGCAUCUGGUGCACGAGCUGGACCGUCCGAAAUUGACAAGGCACGGCCAGGAGCUCCAGGAUGAGCUUGGGCCGGUGCUCCGCUGCGACGGAGACGGCUUGCAGCUGCUGGGAAAGCGCGCAAGGCGUCUUUUUCAACUCGAAGAUAGUGAGGAGGACUAUCACAUUGUCUCCGUGAAUGGCGUUGCUUUUGAUGCCGAGGCCAUGGUGGAUGAGCUUCAGACCGAGGGUGAUCGUAUCUUCCUGGAGUUUCGCUGCACGACGGGCCCCAAGACUUCGCCAGGCAACGGCCGCAGAGAGAUUGCUAUGGAGGGCUUGGACGACCGCCUUGGGAAGCUGAGUGCAACGAGGCGGUUCCUGGCUGUUCAGCCGGCGCAGCUGGAUGUCGCUAGCUCAGGUGAACUGGAGGAGGUGCUGAGCCAAGCCGCCACGAGCCUGGGUGACUACCGCGCUCGAGUGAGAACUCUGGUUGCGGCUCUGCGACGAGGCGAUGAAGUUCGAGCAAGGCUAUUGUCUGGAGAUCUGCAACCGAGCCUUCUUGUAGAAGAAGGCCCCCAAGUCUUAUUGACCGACCAGCAGCGAGCGGCCCGAGCCAAAGUCCAGAAGGAGUCCCUGGAGAGGUGCUUGCGGACAAGCUUUGGCGGACUUGGCUACUUCCUGUUGGGCAUCGACUGCAACGGCCGCGACUGCUCGCUGGACUGCGAGCGCCGGCACUUGGAGCCCCGCGAGCAGCAGAGGGGCGACUGGCCGCGCUUGAAAACGAGCCAUUUGGUGAUUUGCGCUGGCCCGGAGCGUUCGGGAAGCACCUGGCUCUUCAAUGCGAUUCGAUUGCUUCACUUGAAGGCGCAGAUGCCCUGUGACUCCUACUGGCUGCGGCGCCUGAGCCGCGAGAAGCUCGCGGAGCGGCUUCGGGCGCAGCCGCCUGCUGUGGUGCUGGUGAAGACCCAUGAGUGGUUUGCAGACUACGCGGAGUUUAUCGACAUGGCCAAGAACAUUCUGCUUACGCACCGGGAUUUGCGGGGCGUUGUUGCCUCCUACCGUCGCGUGAAGUGGGAGGUUGCUAUUCCGGACGCCUAUGUGUCUGAGCACAUGCAAUGGCGUACAAGGUGCACAUUGGAUUUGGCGUACGAGCAUUUCAUGCGCGACGCCGUGACGAGUUUGCAGAAAGUUGCGGAGCACCUGGCGAUCGAUGUGAGCAAGGAUCAACUCACCGAGGUGGACACAGAGUUGCGCGAGCUGAAAAGGAGCCAUUGCGGCAAUGCAGUAUGCCAGGUCACAAAGCUGUGGCCAGACCACCGGUCCGCUGAAUCGCGGCAGUUGGAAAGCGCGCCCGGUGGGGCGUCCAACCAGCAGCUCAACAAGCUGAAAGAUCCAGAGUACGAACAGGUGCUCAACAGCCGAUUCAAAGAGUAUCAGACGACCUAUGGGUAUAUUUGA